AUGUCGGUGCUACCGUACUACACGGAGGGGGAGGACGAUGAGGAGAAGAAGAAGAAAACGCUGUAUAGAAACCCGCUACUGACGCCGUUUAGGCUUCUUUCACACAGGGUGCAGAACAUGCUGGGGAACAGCACCAACACGUGUCGCGUAUUACUCUUCUUUGCAUUUGUUGUCACGUUUUUCUAUUUCUGGACAGGCGAAGAUACCACUACGGUGUCGCAUUUGACCGGGGGUGCUGAUGACUCUCAGACGCCGCCCCCGCUGAUGUCACGUAAGAACUCACCAUGGUGGUCUUUGGCGCCUGAAAAGACGCCGCGCUUUGUAAUUAUAUUGGCUGCCAAUGAGGGCGGUGGUGUUUUGAGGUGGAAGAAUGAGCAGGAGUGGGCGAUUGAGAAGAUAUCCAUUGAGAACAAGAAGUCGUACGCGAAGAGACACGGGUACGGGUUGACAAUUAAGGAUCUGACGACCUCGAAGCGGUACUCCCACGAAUACAGGGAAGGCUGGCAAAAAGUGGACAUUUUGAAGCAGACUUUCAGGGAAUUCCCGGAUACAGAGUGGUUCUGGUGGUUAGAUUUGGACACUUUGAUCAUGGAACCGGACAGGUCUCUCGAGUCGCACAUCUUCAGCAGACUGGAUCGGAUCCUCGACAGGACGUUGGAAUCUUUCAACCCACUGGAGCUUGAGACGGAUUUACCGUACGUCGACUACACGCAGGAGGCAGAUUUGCUCAUCACACAGGACUGCGGUGGGUUCAACCUGGGGUCGUUUCUGAUCAGGAAGAGCGACUGGUCCAAAGCGCUGUUGGAUAUAUGGUGGGACCCAGUUCUCUACGAGCAGAAGCAUAUGAUGUGGGAACACAGGGAACAGGAUGCUUUGGAAACGCUCUACGCCAGCCAGGGUUGGAUCCGCUCUAAGGUCGGGUUUUUGCCCCUAAGAAUUAUAAACUCUUUCCCACCGGGUGCUUGCUCGGAGUUCCGGGAUGACCCGCGGUACUUCUACGAGGAGAAGACUCGAGAUUUUGUCGUCAACAUGGCCGGUUGCAACUUUGGGAGAGACUGCUGGGGUGAAAUCAGCCACUACGCUACUUUAAUGGAGAAACUAAAUAGGAAGUGGUACGACCGUAUGUUUUUCUAA